CCACAUCGCGAACAGUAACAUUGCUACGUACGUGCAUGUAACGUCACUAACGUGUUCAUCAUACUUCAUAGUUUUUGGAGUUGAAACUCGUUUCAAAAUGAGUGUGUUCACUGAACAACCCAAAGGUUUCUGUCAGUAUGACUACAUCGAAGAGGACAGUGACCAAGAAAUGCAUGGAAGAGACAGUUCUGAUGAUGAGCUGGACAUUCUCUUACAUGGCACACAGCAGCAGAAGCGGCGGCUGACACGCAGCCUAAGUCGCGGCAGCCUGGAGAUGUCCUCCAGUGAGGAUGAAUUUGAGAAGGAAAUGGAGAAGGAAUUAGAGGAGACAAUGAGACAGCAUGAGCAGCAGUUUGCCUCAGCAGCUGACAGUGCAGCAUCUGAGCAAGCAUCAGGUAGUACCGCGUCAAAUGGCAAACCAUCCAAUCCUGAGAGUCACAUCGCAGAUGACUUCUACAACGAUAUUUACUUCGAUUCUGAUGAUGAUGAGACUCAAGAGGCUCCUGAAGCAAGUGAAUCCGAAGCCGGUUCAUCACAAAAGAGCAAACAAUCUCCAGGAAAGCACCGAGUCUUCACGAACGAUGAGUUGCUGUACGAUCCGGAGAUCGAUGACAAGAAUCAGGAAUGGGUCGACAGGCAGCGAGGGCGUUACUACCCUAGCCAUUCCACCCAGGGGUCAUCAGGUUCGCAGACAAGUGAUCAGGGUGGUUCGGAGGAUGGUGAGGGUGCAAGUAAGGAGGCUGGCAUCCCCAAGAGCGAUGCGGUCUUGAACUGCCCGGCCUGCCUGACCACACUCUGCCUGGACUGCCAGCGACAUGAGCUGUACACGCACCAGUACCGAGCCAUGUUUGUGCUGAACUGUAGCAUCGUCCGGUCAGAACGUCUGACCUACACCGUCCCGCAGAAGGCAGGGCGUAAAAAGUGGCGGAAGAAACAACGCAAGAUGCAGCUGGAUAGAGUUGAUGAAACCGGGGAGGCAGGGGCAUCGUCGUCAUUAUCAGAGACCAAUCAGAAAGAGUACUUCCAUCCAGUGCGGUGCAGUAAAUGCAACACGGAGGUAGCCGUGUAUGACAACGAUGAGGUUUUUCAUUUCUUCAAUGUGCUUACCAGUUUAUCAUGAAGCUGUGUCCUGUGGUGUUCCUGAGAGAUUUCCUAUGUCCUGGUGUAAAGUGAAAACUGACCAAAAACACUGUCUUUAAACCCUUGCAGGAUCCAAUGGGAAAUCAAUUCUGUUGUACCCUGUUGACCUGAGCAGUGUAGUUUAUUGAGGCUUUUGGGUUUUGUCAACCAUGGAAGGCUUCUUGCUUAAAGAUUAUUCAAGAAUCAGCAUGUUGCCUUCAAAGGUCUGAAGGGAAUAGGGUAGGAACCGAAGCCUGUGUGGGAUAUGACAAGCAGCUGAUUUUAUGAAACAAUGCCAAACUGAACUCGAGCUUACAUAGGAAUUAUGCCACCAAUUGGACGAGGAUAAUCACAGCUCAACGGCUGUUUGCGUAUGAUUUCAUAGAGGUCAGAGAAAUAAUGGUAGCAACUCUCAAAUUAUGAUGACGUUAAAGUAGCAUUUCUUUUACAUCAAAAACAAAGCUGUGAAUUUCUGGCAUCAACCUUGAUGAAAUGGGUAAUAAGAGGCUUUUUGACAAUCACGAAUAGUCAGUUUAAAUACAUCAUAGUAGUCAGUACAUGUAAAUGCGAGUGUGAAAUGUUGCACAACAUAAAUGAGGUGUAAGUGUACAUGUAUUUCGUACAGUCACUAACAUUGCCCAAAAUAAACAGGAGGCUCCAUAUGUAACACUU